UACUAAAAAAAGUAGUAAAAAUGAUUAGAAAAUAAGAUAUUUAUUUGUCUCGUUCAGUAGAGUACAAUAUUAUUGUCUAUUGCUAUAAAAUAAAGAAUAUACUUGGGGUUUGGAUACAGAAAAUUGCUAUUCUACUCGAGAAGAUUCUGAAAUUUCAUUAGUAGUUAAAGAAAUUUUUAGUCGUAUUAGUACUUAAGAAUAUAUGAAUAAUAAUGUUAACAUGAAGAUACAACUUACUUAUUUAAUUCAGUUAAUCUAUUUAGAUCCAUUAAUAGGCUUUUUAUAUUAUUGAAACAACUUUUUAAUUUUAUCUCUAACUUGGGGAAAUAUGCAAAUUUUAUAGUUUUCAAAGAAUUUACAUAUGAGUCGUCCAGUUGCAAAAGUGCGUAAGUCCAAUUUCAACCAAAAUCGAUAUUUUACCAUUUUCUUUUUAUUUGUCCAUCAUUGAUUUCUUGUACAAAUUCUCAAGUUUCAAAACACGUUAUUUCCUACUUAAUUUUUAAUUUAAAAAUUGAAUACAGUUGCAAAACAGGGUAAGUCCAUUGGUAUUGUGAUACCAAAAAGUAGUAUGUCCCGAGUAAUUAUAGUACAGCUGCAAAACGGAGUAAAUCCCUAUCCAUUGGUUCCAUGUGUUCAAGCACACAAUUACAAAAGUUAGUACAGGUACUUUGUUCAUCGAUUCAUUCAACCAUUUUUAAGUAAAAUUAAUAUAAAAAUGGUUUUAGCUCAGUUUAUGGUUUAAUAUUAUAUAGAAACAUAUUGGUUUAAAAUACUUGUGAUAACAUUUUGAUACGGUAAUCUGGAAGGAUUUCAUGAUAAUAAUAUUACCUCGCGCGUAAUAGUAAUAGUUUCAUUAAAUAACUCAAUGCAAAACAAUAAUAUAAUUUCAAUUGCAACACCCGGGAAUGCAAGGAAAAAGACUGCAGUUCCAUCUCAAUGGAAACGAGAAAAGGAAAAACGACGAAGACAUUCAUCUACUGGAUUUCCAACUCGCCCUAAAUGUGAACAUAACAAUUCAAACCAACGGCAAUACCAAUGUAAAACCUUAACUAUGCAAGACUUGAGACGAGCUCACCAAAUGUUCUAUGAUUUACCGGACAAAAUUAAGCAAGACGAAAUAAUUUUGAGGUUUGUUGUUAUCAGUCCCAUACACAGAAAUCGUUCACGUAAGGAUUGUUUCGAAAAACAGGUAUCUAUAAAAUAUUUUAUGCCAAAACUUAAUGCAAAUGGUGGCCGUGAAAAUGUAUUAGUUUGUAAAAAAGCAUUUACAGAUAUUUUUAGAAUUUCUAAAAAAAGAGUAGAUUUUGUAUGUAAAAAUUAUUUUAAGACUGGCCAAUCUCCGAAAGAAAAUCGAGGUGGACAAAGACCGGCGCCAAAAUAUGAAAUCCAAAGGGAAAUGGUGAAGGCAUUCAUUUUAAAACUUAAACCUAUCGAAUCCCAUUACUGUCGUGAAAAAAAUACCAAUCGACAGUAUUUGCCCAGUGAAAUGUCAAUUUCCUCGUUGUAUAAAGUUUUCAAUGAUACUACACCGGGACAAGACGUAAAAUAUGAUUUUUUUCGCUCAAUUUUUUGUACGGAUUUCAAUAUUGGGUUCGGGUCUCCAGCAACAGAUUGUUGUUCUUUAUGUAUCUCAUUAACACAAAAAAUCAAAGUAACUCGAUGUUUAAUCGAAAAAAGAGAAUUAAGCACCAAACUGGAAGUUCAUAAAAAAAAGGCUGAUGCAUUCUAUAAAUUAUUACAAAAUGAAAAUGAUGGAGAGAUAACAUUUUCAUUUGACUGUCAAAAAAACUUAGUGUUACCCAAAGUUCCCGAUCAAAGUGCCUACUAUUCCAGACAAUUGUACUUAUAUAAUUUUACGGUUUGCCAAGGUACAUCAAAAUCAAAACAAUUAAAAGAAAAUACGUUUAUGUAUUUAUGGUUAGAAACAGACUAUAAAAAAGGAUCAAAUGAAAUCGCAUCCUUUGUUUAUCAUUGUUUAAAAAACACAAAUUUAAUGAAUAUACACACUAUUCGACUGUUUUCUGAUGGAUGUGGAGGGCAGAAUAAAAAUCAAGUUAUGUUGUUCAUGCUUUCGAAAUUCUUACAGGAAUGUCCUUCCCACAUCAAAAAUGUUAAUUAUUUUUAUCCUAUAGUGGGUCAUUCAUUUAUUCCACCAGACCGUAUAUUUGGACGUUUAGAAAAACAAUUUAAAAAAAUUGCAUGCAUGACAAGCAUUAAUGAUUACUUAAAAAUUUUUGAAACAGUUGGCACAGUCAUCAACGUUUCUUCUACAAAUGUUUGUAAAGUCUAUGAUUGGAAGUCAUCGUGUCUAAACAUUUUAAAACCACCUGCAAAUUGGCAUUUUAAAUUCGCACCUACCAAACGAAUACUAUUAUCAAAAUCCAAACAAAAUAAUGUUCUAGUCAGAGGAGAGCCACAUUACUAUUUAAAUGUUGGCCAGGAAAGAGGCUUGUGUAAACGUGGAAAAACUUUAACAUCAAUGAAGCUUAACGUAUUAAAUAAAGGUGUUCAAAAUAUAAAAACAGCAAAAAAGACUGAUGUAGACAAUUUACUAAAGAAGCAUUUUGGAUGUGACUGGAGAAAUUUACCAGAUCUCGAAUACUAUAAGACUGUAAUUAAUAUGGAUAAUGAAGAAAAUAACGAACAAGAUUAUGAAUCAGAUUUUGGAGAUAUAAAUGAAGAAAACGCAGAAUUUGAUUAAAUAAAAAAAUAUAUUAUUUUACUGUUACAUUAUUAUUUUCUAACAUAAUUAAAAAGAUAUUUUGAUUGUCACUUUUUUAUUUUAUAUUGCAAAAAAAAGUUUAAAUGUUAUUUUGAUUGUUACGUUAUUAUUUUGUAUAGUUAAAAAAAGUGUUUUAAAGCUAUAAAACACCAAAAUAGAAAAUAAAUAGUCAAAGAGUUCAAAAAUUUAGUUUUUUUAUUUCAAAAGUGAGUAAGUCCGUAUUUUAGUUUCAAAAAAGAGUAUGUCCAAAUUAAAACAUAAAUUAUUUAAAAAACUAUUUAUCCACGAUUUCUAUAAUUCAUAAAAUAAAUAUAUUAUAUUAUUUUGGAGGUCUUGUUAAAAAAAUGUCAGUGAUUUAUAAAAUAUUAGAGAAAAUAUCAGUUUUUCAUCGAUUGUGAAAACUUUGAUUGUUAGGACAUACGUCCUUUUGCAACUGGACGAC